AUAAACAAUGCACAUAAUUUAAAAACGAACAUAUAAUUCAAUCCACAUCAUAAAUAGGAAUUUAUUGGAGAAAGGAUUAUGGAUAAUGGGUAGCCACGUCAACGACAAUUCAUUUUGGUAAUGGUGCGUUACAUUCCCGAGUAUCUAUCGAUGCUUUCAAGUUGAAAAUACAGGGAACUGUAAGAUGGGCGUUGCUAGAUUUACUGCAAAAAACUGUGCACCCACAUUUCCUUCUAUAUUGGUUUCAUUGCACCAAAGGAACACAACCAGAUAUUUUUGCUCUAAAUCUCUAAAUCUGCAAUUCCAUAAGUUGGUGUGGUUGAAGAAGUGCACAAGAAAAGCAGUAAAUAGUGAAUUCUAUGGUGUCAUCAGCUGUCAGACCAACAUCCAAUAUAAGUAUGGAUUGGUGAAGAAACAUGGAGAUGGGGAUGGAGAUGGGUUGAGCUUACCUGGAGGAAAAAUGGUGGUGGAACUUGUGGCAGCCUGGAAUGAUUUGACUGAUAGAAUGACCCCUGCAAUUUCUUCCAAGUCCUCUAAAUUGCUGUUGAAGUCCCUCAAGAUUUCAGUCUCAUUGUUGCAGAGCUUACCAUAUGGAGAAGAUGGUCGCCCUCCUCUGACAAAAGCUCUUUCUGUGGCUUGCAUUCUUGCUGAUCUUCAGGUGGAUGCAGAAGUUAUUGCUGUUGGACUUUUGAGAGAAGUGCUUGAGGUAAGUGCUAUUAGGAGGCAUGAAAUAAACAUCCAGCUUGGCAGUGAAGUUACUCAUUUGUUAGAUGAAUGCUUAAGAGUGAAGAAAAUACCCAAAAGGGUAGACAUUUUGGAUGAAAAUAAUGCUUCUGCACUGAGAAAAUUCUGUUUGGCAUACUAUGACAUUAGGGCUUUGAUUGUAGAACUUGCCAUUCGACUGGAUAUGAUGAGGCAUUCAAAGCACCUACCUAAAUAUCUUCAACAAACACAUGCUCUUGAAGUUAUGCACGUAUAUGCACCUCUUGCCCAUGCAAUAGGCACUGGCAGCCUAUCAUUAGAGCUUGAGGAUCUUGCUUUCCAAUAUUUGUUUCCAAAUUCAUAUUCAUUUUUAGAUGCAUGGCUGAGAAAUCAUGGAAUACAGGGUAAAACUGUUUUAGAUGAAUAUAGGUGCCAACUUUUUGAAGUUUUACAGAAUGAUCCUGAAUUGGGGAAUAUGGUGGAUGGUAUCUACAUACAGGGCCGAUUCAAAAGUCGAUUUAGCACGAUGAAGAAACUUCUGAAAGAUGGUCGUAAACAAGAUGAGGUAUAUGAUGUGUUAGGUUUACGGGUUGUAUUGAAUGCUAAAAGUGGCAAGGAUGUGCAGGAGAGAGGAAGGAAAGCAUGCUAUAGGGCACGUGAACUUAUUCAGUCAAUGUGGAAAGAAGUGCCACAAAGAAUGAAAGACUAUAUUGCCAAACCGAAGGAUAAUGGGUAUGAAAGUUUACAUAUGACAGUUGAUCUUAGUGACACUAUUGUUGAAUGCCCUUUCAUGGAAAUUCAAAUUCGCACAACUGAAAUGGAUGCUGCAGCUGUUGGUGGGGCUGCUUCUCAUGAAUUAUACAAAGGUGGAUUGAUAGAUCCAGAACAGGUUAAACAACUUAAGGCAAUCAUGAAGGCUGCAGCAGAUCUUGCAGUUUUGCAUUUUCAAGAUCUUCCUAAUGGGUCACCUACACACAAUGACACAAGGAGUCAAGUAUUCGAGUUGUUUGAUAAAAAUGAAGAUGGCUUGAUUAGUAUGGAGGAGCUAAAAGAAAUAAUGGAGGAGCUUGGAGCUGAUAAAGAAGAUGCCCUUGAGCUCAUGCAGCUAGUAGAUGCAAAUAGUGAUGGUUCUCUGAGCUCUGUUGAGUUUGCUGAAUUUCAAAAGCAGGUGGGUAUCUUUCAGAAUUUGGAGGGUAUGGAUGAACAGUGCAGUAGAAAGUUGGAUAGGAAGUUCCAUUGUUUUCAGAUUGAUCAAAGUGGAAGUAGCCCUAGCUUGGUUGAGAAUGCUGAAUGUAACUCAAUUGCAGAGAAACAUGUCUCUUUGUCUAGUCAUAUAAAUAUCCAGACUGAUGUAUGUCACAAAAUCUGUUCUCUCCAGUAGCAAAACAUAGAAAUUGAUAUGAUGCCUUCUGAAUAAGUUUCAUCUCAAAUGCUGCAUAGUGGAAAAAGGGCAACCAGGAUUCAAUCUGUGAUUUGUCUCAAAACGCUAUCUAUUCUUCUGCAAAUAAUGCAGUUAUUGAGUUUCACGAUACUGACAUGGCAUCUCAAAUACUGUGGGGAAGAGAAUUCCAAUCCUUAUGUUGGCACCAAUUCUUUGGAGGAAAGCAAAUAAGUAAGUGUGGAAACAUCUUUGGGACAAUGCAGGGGAAAGUUUGAUAUCAAGUAUGUUCCUUCAGAUUUGUAAAGUGUCUCUGAGCUGAUACUUGAGGAGAAAUAAAAGUUAAUGCAGGAAAAUUCUUCGUGUGCUUGUGCACCUCUCUCUCUCUGUCUGUCUGUAUAUAGAUGUUAUAUUCAUGCAACUAGGAAUUUGCUGCAGCCCGUUCAUUUAUAAGGGGGAUGAGUAAAAGGGAUUGCAUUUCUUAUUGUAUAUUUAAUGAUUUCCAGUUGUGACAUAUCUCACUGUAAUUUACCACCAUUUCUCCACUUGUACAAAUGAGAAAGAUGAUUAACCACAUUGGAUUAAGUUACAUCUGUACUAUUAAGUCAUCAGUUAUCAUUGCUUCCAUUGUUUUGGUUUGUAUAGGACGACUGCAUUGGUUUAUUGAAAUACUUUGAUAUGCCAUUGAUUUGCA